AUGGAUCCCGAGGCGUUCCUGGACAUGGCCAAUCAGGUCAUUAAAUUGAAAAUGUUCCCGUAUUUUGAUAUCGCGCACUGCGUACUCUGCGCGUUACACGUCAGAGAAGAUUUAGGACCCGGUGCUCACGCGUUUUCUCGAAAACAUCCUCUGUCAUGCUGGCUUUCAACAAUACUGGUAGUGUUUGCGAGUGGUAUGCUAUGCAAUGGUCUUUUAGGAGAGCCAAUUCUUGCACCUUUAAAAGAUACAUCACAAAUGAUAGUAGCGACCAUUGUUUGGUUACCCUACGAAAGCAUCAAUGGUAGCAUCCAUUAUUUUCGUCUUAGACAAAAAGACUGAUCUCAUCUCAGCACCUCACGCGUUGGUUUACUUUGGUAUUGUUAUCUUCUUCAUAUAUUUCAAGCUAUCGUCCAUUUUACUUGGAAUUCAUGAUCCAUUUGUACCGUUCGAAAAUUUAUUCUGCGCGUUGUUCUUUGGAGGAAUUUGGGAUUCGUUAGCCAAAUUUCUGGGACGAGGCCAAGCCAAAGACGAGAAAGCAGAUGCCAAGAAAAAGGACUAA